GUCAAGAAAGGAACGCACGAGAAGCGGCGCGAGAGCGCGUGCUCCAUCUUUGUCCUUCGCGCAGAAGAAACACCUUCUUCUUCUUUUCUUUUCCAACGCAAUCGUGCAGCGCCAUGCUGCGACACCUGCGAGCGUUCGGCUGCCUCAGCCCAUCCGCGACCUUCUCACGUAUGGGGAGGUUACGCUUCAAUUCGCGUUGCAUGUCCAGCCGGCAGGCAGAGCGGCUGCACCGGCGUUCCGCGGCAGCGGCAACGGCACCCAAGAAGCGGCCCGCGACGCCGACAGGAUCGCACCGCGACGGCAGCGACGCUCCGCCGCACGCGCGCAGCUACAACAAACUCACAGCCAAAUCGGCUGCAAAAGGCUCGAGCUCCACGAAGAAGUCGCCGUCGGCUGCGGCUGCGACGACGACCACCGCCGCGUCGUCUGCGGGUCCUUCGCGGCCUCCGAUGCCGGGCCGCUUUAACCGUCUCGUGCUUGAGCGCGGCCUUUUCUUCACCGUUUACCUCUACGUGUUGGGCGAGUCCAUGACGCUCUUCCUCACGUACUUGUUGCACACGCACCGUCUCGGCGUUGGCGACGUCGGCAGCUGGCUGGCAGCCCUUCACACAUCUACUGGCCACUACCUAAACGUCGGCCCCACCGUGUACGGCCUGCAACUCACCCCGCGGCUGCUGCUGAACUACCUCGUCGCGAACUGCUGCACGUAUCCGCUGCUGCCACUGCAGAUGCGGUUUUGUACCGCCACGACACCGUUGCUGUGGACACCGCUUUCGUGCAUCGGCCGACAGUUCAGAAAGGCAGGAGCGGUAAUUCCGAAGGCGCCAGCCGCCAAGGCGUGA